ACACUGGAUAUGGAUCGCAAAAACGAAUCAUCAAGUGCAGACGGGUCCCAGUUGCUCACAUCUGAAGAAUCGAGGGAAAACGAGGAUCUCGAACACAAGGCCCUUAAGGCGCAAUUAGAAAAAAUAUUUGAGCCCUUUGAUAAAACAGGCCUUGGGAGGAUCGUUUCCAAGGAUCUCUUUAAUAUGAUCGAGCGCUUUGAAAACGAACAGAGUGUUUCUUUGCUGAAAGACGAUACCAGGCCCAUCUUUCAAAUGUUUUGCGAACAAAAUCCAGAUAUGGAGGUGUCUAUCGAAGACGUCCUUCAGCUUAUAGCCAAGCUCCAAACACCCGCUCAGCUUGCCCCAGCAAUCCCGACCAAUUCCACCGUCUCCACAGAUUCAACUAGUACCAGGAAACUGACUACCAAAUUUAAAUCAUAUCGUCUUCCAGUUCGACAUCUAGUUGGGCCCGAACGAAACAAUAAGUCUAACUUCCGGAACAGAGAACCUAUCACCUCAGAGAACGAUGGGGAAGAAAACCACGAUGUUUCAAGUAAUGGUACGGCCACCACACGCCCAAGAAGAUCAUCUUCCAGUUAUUAUGCAAAGUCUUACUACGAUUCCAUCGAAGAUCUUGCCGAGACAUCAUUUGAAGGCAAUGGUGGAUUUGAUGAAUCAGUUUCUCAACUGUUGUUACCGACAAACGAUGAUCCCGCUGUCCAACUCAGCCGUUUGUAUCGUCAUACUGUCGAUCUUACUAAACGACUUAAAGAAUCGGAACGCCAUCUAGCAUCUGUGGCCCGACAACACGAGGAUCGUAUCGAAGAACUUCAGCAUAGACUGGAAGAAACCAAGGCGGAUCUUGUAGUCAAAAAACGAGAGAUUCAAGAACACAAAAACAAUGAGAAAUCUAAUUUGUAUCAAAUUUCAACUUUGGAGACAGAAAUCCAAAAGGUGGGAAAGAAUUUGACCGUACAAAAACAACUAUAUCACCAACUUAGAAAACAAUACGAAGAGCAAUCCGCGGAAGCCGAGAAACUUCGUGAUCAAGUAAGGGUCAAGGAAGAAGAAUUGGGUGCCACGCAGCGCAACAUCUCGCAAGAAGAGAGAAAGUGGGCCAACGAGCGAGAACGUUUCGAAUUGGCGUUGACCAAGUUGGAACAAGAUGUUGCAGCUGCUCAAGCUUCAGAGAAGGAACUUGAAGAACAAAGAAACGAGAACAUGCAUCUUAAAGAAACGAUUGACAAAUUGAAAAUUAAUUUGGAAGAGAUACGGAGAGACAUCACCGACUUCAAGAUUAAUGAAUUCAGUGUGGUUGAAGGUGACACAUACAAGGAUUUACGAACCGAGCUGUUUGAUCGAGCACGGGCAUCUGUAUCCGAAGAGCAACAACCCGGUUCCGAUUCGAAUACCGACGACUUCAAUAGGAUAUCAAACAAGGUUUCAAGGCAUCCCAAUGACGCAUCAGAUGGCAAUACAAAUGACGAACUCACAAACUUACCAGCAAAUGAUAAUGAACGAUCCCUCAUCGAUCAAAGCAGUCGUAAGUCAAACGGUUCUAGGAGCAGUCGACGUUCAUUAGUGCCAAGCAAUAAUAGCGGUAUGAUACGUAGUAAUCCUAAUGGAAAUCGUGAAGUUGAAGCCCAAUAUCAAAUAUUGUCAUCAGAGCUUGGAGUUCAAUACGCAUUGAUCGAAGGUAUCAUGAGGAACAACUCCCAUGAUAGGAGAGAUAGACAGAUUCGCAAUAGUAUUGAUGGCGAGAAUAUAGAUAGAUAUCAGAGGAUGUCACGACGAAAAAAUAGUAAACGACGAGCAAAUAAUCUUAUUCAGGAUGCUGAGCCACAAACUUCCGAGAAGACCGAUUCCCAAGCUGUACAGUCGUCAAAAGCACUGGUUCCGUGCAACAAUAAAUUGAACGUCGCGCAGAAUAAUCUUAUAGUCAAUAGCACUGUCACUUUCGCGCUGUAUACCUUGGUUGUCUAUCUCUUCGGUAUAAUUACAUCCGUCUUCGUCCUCGAGAGCAACCAAGGCGCCACGUAUAGCGACUGGUUGCCUUAUGAAGUUGUUCGUGAUGAGCGUUGGACGACACGUUCAGUCGAAAUAAUUUUAUAUUGGAUCGAGACCCUAUUAAGCGAUGGGAAUAUGAGAGUACCGACAUAA